UGUCUUUUUAUUUUACUAAAAUAAAAUAAUCAAAGCAAAGCAGACGCGUCACACCGAUUUCAAGCGGAAUUGUUCAGCAAUCGGAUAGGAUUCGGAGACCAAACGACUUGUAAACCUAAAAGAACACCAAUUCGUUACCCAAUUAUUCGUAGUUCGCCGCCCAGAUCGGCUCGAUCGAAGUUGUUUUCUUUGCUUGCUGUUUAUUUUGUUUCCACCAUACAUGUGGGCAUACAUUUUGUUUGUUUGUGAAACUCUAGAUGUGAGUUAAUUAUGAAGUGAUAAAAAGCGAGCGCGACACCCAUCGUAAAACCCAGAAAAUCGGAUGAAAUACGGGAAAACUCCAGAAAUCGCAUAGUUAACUCCGCCAACAACAAUUCGGAUUCGGAAUCGGAGGCGCAUUGUGUGAGCGAGAGGGUGUGAUUGAGUGCGGUAGAGCGAGAGCGAGAGAGAGAGAGAGAGCAGGAGACGAAGGAGAGUGGGCAGAAGGAGAGGAGAGGAGGAGGAGUGGUGCACAGAAUGGAUGUUGAAAUACCUGUUUUGGCUGGAUAUCUUAAUGUGCCGACCCAAACUGGAUUUUCGCUAAAUCGCAUCUCGAAAAAGAAAGCAUGCAGUCGCUACUGUUUGCUAUUCAAGGCCAGUCGCCAUGGAAUCGCUCGACUGGAGAUGUGCGAGAGCAAGGAGGACCGCAACCCCAAGAUCUUCACCCUGGAGAACUGCGUCAAGAUCACGCAGGAACCGCCUCCCGAUCGCCUCAUCCACAUCGUCAAGCAUCAUGUGACCCUCACACUGAGCACCAGUAGCGAGGAGGACCUCAAGGACUGGAUCACUGCCCUCCAAACGGUGGCCUUCUGCGACACCUCACCAUCGGGCGGAAUCGGGGCCAUCGAGGAGGACAACGACCUCUACUGCAGCUCCUUUGAUGGCCUGUUCAUCAUCACGCUGAUUCCCUCCGAGGCCUCCAUUCGCUGCUGCAUCGAGCCCAAGACGUACAUGCUCCAGAUGACGCCCACAGAACUGCAGCUCAAGUCGGAGGAUUUGGGUGCCACCAUCGCCAUGUGGCCGUAUCGGUUCAUCAGGAAGUACGGCUAUCGCGAUGGCAAGUUCACCUUCGAGGCGGGCAGAAAGUGCACCACCGGCGAGGGCGUCUUCACCCUGGAUCACACCAAUCCACAGGAGGUAUUUCGCUGCAUGUCCGCCAAGAUGAAGUCGAUGAAGAAGCUGAUCAGCGGCGACAGUCUGGGCACCUUGGAGUGCGGCGAGAAUCAAUUUAGUGCGGCCGCUGGCAUGGAGCCCGGCUCGCGGAGUCCCCUGCCGCCGUCGCCGUCGAGCAAUCCCCACGGUGGCGAGUUCGAGAUCAACUCGACGCAAAGUUGCAUUUCCCUAAGGGGUUUCAUCAGCUCCAACGAUUCCCUGAAUAACUUUUCGGCGGGUGGCGCUGGAACUGGAGCAACACCGGGUGGUGGCGGAGGAGGAGGAGCAGGUGGUGUCGGAAUCGGCGCCGGCAACGCCGUUGGCAUCACUUUAUCCGUACCCGCAAAUAGCAAUAGCAGCAAACACAUUCCCAAUAAACCGCCACGCAAACCGGGCGGAGUCAGCCCAACAACCCAUUGUGAUAAAUACAGGAACAUUGUGAAAUAUGAGCCUGUGGCCAUAACGACGAUAUCCUCGCCCUCCGCCACCGCCGAUGUGAACAGUUCGGUGAUACUGAAACCGCUGGAAGGUGAAUCGAUAUGCCAGCCGGAGAUGUCACCCGAUUUGCCGCCAGACUUGCCGCUGCGCAAUGAGAGCGCCCCGAAGGCGCCGCCACCGGAGCGGGACUACGAGUGCAUUGAGAAUAUCACAGAGGCGUGGCGCACGAGGGGCGUGGGCGAUGUGAGGCACUGCGAGCGUAUGCCCAUACUCUGCGAUACCUCAGAGUUCGUACGCCAGCGAUCGGUCACAAAGUCAUCAUCCUCCUCGGGUGGUCAGAACACACCCAAGAUCAUCGACAUCGAUAUUGGCGAGGGUUGUGCGAGUGUGACUUCCCUGCCGGACUCCAAUUACGAUCGUCUGGACUUCCUGUCGCCGAACAACAAGACAUCCAGUGGCUACAAGACCAUUGUGAAUGUCACACUGCCCGGCAAUCGCAAUCCUCCGCCGCCCAAUGAAUACGAAUUGAUCGCUAGUCCCGACACGGAGAGCUUCCGCAAGGCCGACGACAGUCAUCUCGGCUACGGGGUGCUGCGAAAGGCCAGCAGCACGACGAACAACAAUAAUCUGGGAAUCUCCAAUUGCAACAUCAGCGGCGGCAGCAGCAGCAUCACCAAUGCCACGGCCAACAAGAGCAACCUCGAUACGGCAGCCAUCGAUCAUCGCAGCUACAAUGGCCUCAACUACACGAUCGUCAGCAAACCGAAGCGAGUGUAAAAGCUAAAUAUAUGGGGAUGUGGGUUUGGGUAUCCAGAGAUCCUGGGAUCGAACCGGGUGCAGUGGGGUUGGGGUGGCUCAAGAGGAGGCAAUCCAAGUUUUUACUUUAUUUAUCCCAAAACUGUUACUGUUUCCAAUUUUAAGCCAGCGCAUCAUUGUUGCCAUUUAAAAGGUCCAUAUAUUUUUAAGAACUGUUUGAGAUAAAACAGUAUCAAACAAACAUUGUAUUUGGUUUUCCAAGUAGUCAUCUUCAUUAAUAUUUUUAUAUUUUUUUUGCAGAUGAAUCAGAGUGUCAGGGAAAACUUUUUUUUAACAAAUUGUGACCCAAAAAAUUAUGUUGUCAUAACCUUUGAUUAAGUUUAGGGACCUUAUAUAAGAGUUAUUUGUGAUUUUCAUUUUAAACAACCUACUGGGAAUUUUAAUAAUUUGUAAAAAGACGUUGACGUUUAAGUUUCAAUAAUCACAAAUGACUCUUAUUUACGGUAGCUGAUUAAAUUUAACUACUUUUUUACUGAAUAGUGUCUUCUGUUUUUAACGUAUUUAUUAAACUACACGUUCUUAUUACAAAAAGUGUUAAAAUAAUAUUUUUUUUUUAUAAAAUAUAGAAACAUUGGAAACAGUGACAGACCAGUAACUUUUUGAAUAUUUUAAUGAAUUGCAUUUUGAGUAUAAGUGAAAAAGAAGAGACUGCCGAGUGCCUUACAGUUCUACACAAAAAAGAAAACAAAAACAGGCCGGAAAUCGAGGGAAGGGAGUGCUCCGAAUCUCCAAGUCCCAGAAUCUAUCCUUCCCUCCGACCUGCCAAAAACCAUUCGAAUCGUUCAAUUUUUGUAUUUGUUUUUCGUUAAUUAUGUUAAAUUCGUAAUCUGUGAUUGUAUUGUUAAUUGUGAAACUGUUAAAUUUUAGCAAGCACUGCCCGCCACUUGAUCGCACUCGAAAAAUUACCCCGGCUCAUACUUAAAAUCAAAAAUUACAGAACAAGAAAACUAAUUCGAAUCCUGGACGCAACGAAAAUUUACAAAAUGUGUGUUGAAUUUGUGUUAAAUAUAUGUGUUUUUGUAUAUUUAAAGAAACUAGAUUUUAAAUACACUGCAAUUGUAUUUGUUUCCGUUUAUCCGUCCGUCCUCUCAAGGUCUCGCUGCCAUAUAAAUCGGUUAUAGAACUCCCUCGAAUUGUUAUUCCUAUACGUUUUUGUAUGAUCAAUCAUAUAGCCUGCCAUAGGAACAAACGGUGUAAUGCCAUAAACUCCAAAAUCUCCCACACUAGUUGGCUCUUUUUUUGUUCGACCUUAGACUGUAAAUAUAGGUUUCUUAAGUGUUGUUUUUCAAAUGCACCCCCUCUCAUAACCCAGAAAAUAAGAACCCCCAUAUGAUCCCCCCCAUGCACGUUCGAGUUCUCAAGCCAGGAUCGUUGUAAACGACAUUUUUGAGUAUUAUGCAAAGGUCACAAACAAAAAAAAAAAAACAUACAAACGAUACGAAAACGAACA